AAGAAAUAAAUGCAGCCGGUUCCAGAUCUGGCAAUUGUUGCUAGAGAGCUGCGUUUUGUCUUCACCCAGCAUCUUCAUUUCUGACCUUCGACGACGAUGUCCUCUCAAUUCGAAAAAGCUGUGGCGUACGUUCAAGGUUUGGACAAGACGGCAUCGGGCCCGGAUGCUACUGUCAAGUUGGAGUUUUACAAAUUCUACAAGCAAGCUACUGUGGGAGAUGCAGAUCCGACCAAGGAACCCAGUGUGUUCUCUUUUGUCGAGCGUGCUAAAUGGAAGGCUUGGGACAGCAUCAAGGGAAUGUCGAAGACGGAUGCGGAGGAGAACUAUGUGAAACAGCUUAUCAAAUACCUCAAGGAGAAGCACCCCAAUGAGCCCAUCCUGAAAGAGCUGGAGGGAUAAACUAUCUGCUCGCUGUGGGACACGUGGAUAGUGGCAGCAUACUCGUGUAUUGUAAUACAGCUAAGAAGCAAUCGGACUGGAACUUGACCCGAACGUAUAGGAGCAUGAUGGUAUCAACAAGCCAUCCCCAAACGAGAUUGGAACGCCCAAGUCAGCAGCACGUUCUAAGCGAAGCGCUUUCUGAUAGGUGCCUUGAGUGGCUACCACAGGCUACCACAUGGGAUCUCCGAUUAAAGAUGACAUAAAAUGAUGAUGAAGGGGUGUUCGAGGACCUGGGUGGUUUGCUGUGCGUCUGUUGUGUUAAAUGCAGAACCUUGCAAUUCAUUCAAGAUAUGAUCGAACGGAUAUGACGAAAACCCGGAUACCUAUCAUCGCAUCACAUUGGCAGAUGGCCUAGAUCAAGUGGAGCAAAGUCACUCGUCCGUCCAGUGACAA